AUGUCGAAAAGCUAUCAAAUCAUCAUUAUCGUGAUCAUAUAUUUGUCUCAAGUGAAUAGUACCCCAAUUUCUAAACAUAGCCGGAUUGAUGAAGCUUCUGAUGAGCUAGUAUCUUUGGAUGACUACUCAGAAGAAGAAGUACUAAAUAAAGGGAGAGAUGAAAAUAAGAAUGGUGGAACACUCAUCAUUGAUGGAGUCAACAGCUUCAUCUUUCUUCCGAAUGAUGAAAGCAUUUCUGAUAAUGUCCAACCUUGUCAUCCAGGACAUCCAGGAUGUGCACAACAACUAAUAAGGACAAUGAUUAGAUCCACAAUUUUGAUACGUAGAACAACACCUAGACCACGUCGACCAAUAAAUUCAGUACGUCCAACAAAACCAUUUUUAACAAAACCUCGUCCAACCAUAACGGCCAAACCAGCUUCAUCAGAAAAGUUAGGAGCAUCAAAUUGUGGUACAAAUGGCUUCUUGGGAUUUUUGGGGAUAAUGCCUGCCGGUUGUCAGCCCUUAUCUGGUGACAGUUUUUCACAAUUGGCUGGUUUCAGUGAUUUGCUUGGAACAUGUUCAGAUCCAAAAAAGAACCAAUCAAGAAAAGCGUCUGCUAGGGAAUCAAUUUCAUCAAAGUCAUCAAAGUCGUUAAGGCCAACAGAGCUGCCAGUUUAUCCAGAACGAAAAAAUAAUUUAUGGAAUGAUUAUGAUGGAUUGGAAGCGAAGGGUAAGGCUGGUCGGGAAACUACGUGGAAUAUGGAAAAUUUUUUGUCCCCUAGAAUCAAUCAUGAAGUUGAUGUAAAUUUACUGCGCAAAAUGUAUAAUGAACAUUUGAAUGACAAAAAUACAGCUAAAUAUCGGUAAUGGAAAAGAAAUGCUGAGGAUUUUGGAUCCCGUUAAUGGAUGAAGUAUGAAGAUUCUUCAAAAUGACAACAAAUGGAAUAAAU